AUGGAGGAUGGGAAGAAUGCGUUUCUGUUCCACCUAUUCUCCUCCGGAGAGAGUGAACAGGCAGGGGAACAAAAAGUUAAGGUAACGAAUUAUAGGUUCAUCAAAUUGCCAAGCAUAAGCGAGCCACACAAAUGUGUGCUAUACCACUACAGUGAAAGGAGCAACUUGCUGUACCUGCUGGAACGGAAUUAUUUUAAUCCAAAAAUUGAGUCCAUAAAACAUGAAAAUGAAAAAAUAAACAAAAGUUGUGUGUCCCUUUUUAUAAAUAACUAUGCUGUGCAAAAUGAAUGUAGCUUUUUCUGUUAUCCCAUUGAUGCAAUUUUUUUAUUCAUAAGUAUCAUUUAUCAAAAUUGCACCAGCAAUACGUAUACCACAUUGGGGGAUUACCUUGAUAGUAUUUUAAAAGACAGAGAGAAUAGAGAACAAAAUGAAAUAAGCAAAAAUGCCUUUUUCAUUUUUAACAAAAAUGUGAGUAACAUUAAGGAGAGAUUAAAAAAUAUUUGUGAUGAGUGUUACGAGAUGGGCAAAUAUUAUUUCAAACCGAAUUUGAAGAAGGUCCAAAAUUUUUAUAAUCUUAAAUGUGUUAAGUUAUUCAAUUAUAUAAUCGAAAAUAAAAUUAUUUUUUCUGAUUAUGCUCAUACUGUAGAGGAGGAUAUUUUGAAGAAACACAAAGUUGAUAUGAACCUCCAUGUGAGUAGCAUAUCCAGAGUCAAAACUGCAAAAUUGAAACAAAUCGAUGUGUAUGGUGAAUAUAAAAAGCUGGUAGACUCAUAUGUCAUACAGUUUAAUAAAAAGUAUUACAAAUUUUGUGGAUCCAAUUUGAGGACUUUUGUUUGGCUAGUU